AUGUUCGGCAUCAUUGCGGACUUGUUGUCCUCCGUUAUCACCAUCCUCUUCCCCAUCUUCGCUUCCUACAAGGCUCUCCGCUCCUCCGAUCCCUCCCAACUCGCACCAUGGCUCAUGUACUGGGUGGUCCUGUCGGUCAUUCUGCUGGUAGAAUCAUGGACGGUGUUUAUCGUCGGGUGGUUUCCCUUCUAUAGCUGGAUCCGCCUCUUUUUCAUGUGCUAUCUCGUCCUUCCUCAAACUCAGGGAGCCCGCAUGCUCUACCAGGACUACGUGGACCCGUUUUUGACGCACCACGAGCGCGAGAUCGAGGAGCUGAUCGGUCGCACCCACGAACAGGCCAAAGCAUUGGGGUUGCAAUACUUCUACAAAGCUGUUGAGUUGAUCCGGGAGAAAGUCAUGGGUCUUCCCCCACAACGGCCGGCGCCACCGCCACCCUCGGGACCCGCUGCCUAUGCCCAGUCCUUGCUGUCGCGGUUCAAUAUCCCUAUCGCCGCGGGACCAGGCGCACCUGCAGCGGCCAACGAUUGGUACUCGGUCCUCAGCUCUGCCCUGGGAUCCGUCGCCUCCUCCGGGAAGUCACGUGAAACACGGGAGGAGGAGCUCUCGGCCAGUGGCACUCUUCUCCAGCAAAAGUUGGAAAGUAUGUCUGGCACCGAGAAAGCACAGUAUAUUUCCAGCCAGCGGGAGGUGUUGGAUUUCCUGCGGUCCGCCUUGAGCCGCGAGGAGCAGGCCAUGCGUCGCGAUGAUCCGGAGACAGAUGAGCUGGCCUAUGGCGCCCCGCUGCGGAAGGAUCCCAGUGAGAACUCCUUUGACGUGGUCGACGACGAGGACCUGGGCAGCCGCCACGGCGCACGACGGACUAGCAGCCGCUGGACAUCGGGCUGGCUGGGUACCGAGCACGACUCGUCAGGCUCAUCCGGCACCGACUAUGCCCGCACUUCUGGAUAUGAUCGGUACUAA